CUGUAGCUCAAAGUAAAGUACCUGAAAGUCCUGAGCGUGAGCCUCAAGAGUCAGUGUCCAAAACCCAACUGCAAGGAAAGAGACCAAAAAGUACUAAAGAGGAAAGACUCACCCCUCACUUUGGAAUGCCAGAUGAAAAUCUAAUGCUUGUGAAUCAAGAUUCAGUGCCAAGACCCCAAGAGCAAGUAGAGAAACAAACAACCUUCAGACAGGAAAGGCACCAUUCUCAUUUUGGCAUACCAGAUGUAAAUCUUCUGUUUGUGAAUCAAGAUUCAGGAGCAAAAUCCCAAGUGCAAGUAAAGAAACAAAUAACUUACAGAGAGGAAAGACGCAGAACAUUUCCUCUUGAAAAGCAAAAAAGUAAUAUCGUGUCACAGGAAAAUCAAUUUUCUGAGAAGAAAGUUUCAUUUAUAAGAAACAAAGUUCAACUUAAGAAACUUGAAGCUACUAGAAAUAUGAAACUUGAUAAGUCUAUUUUUGUAGCUGAGAAAAUGGAUGAAAAAGCUGGUAAAAAUCUUUCACCUGAAGAUAAUGAAGUUUUAAUCUCAAAAGGCUCAUCUCAAAUUAAGACACUUGGAGCUACCAGAAAACUGGAACAUACUGAUCAGGAUAUGGAUGAACCCUCAGAUUUUACCCCUGAAGAUCUAAAACUUACUAUAGGAUACAAGGAUCAAAGACAAACAAGUGGAGUUUACCAAUCUCAAAGAUUGAAUGUUAAAAAUGAAGUAACCUCAGAACUUCCAGAUACAGCAGAUCUUCCACCAAUGAAUCCAUCAAUUAGUGAUCUAAUACUUCAGUUAGGUUUAAACAAAGUCAUAGAAACUGAUAUAGAACACCUGAAAAAUCCCAUUGAAAGACGUAUAUUGGUGAAGGAAAAGAAGAUACAAGCACAGAAUCUCCCUGAUACUGAUAAAGAAUACCUCCUAGGUACUACUGGAAGAAGUACAAUAAAGAGAGAAAUCAAGACAGAGUCAAAGAGUCAUCCUG